CCCAAAACGUCUACAACAUCAUUCUACAUCAGUCUUGACAUGUUUUUUUUUUUUAAUUUCUUUGAAACAUACACAAUAAAUAAAUAAUUAAAUUGAGUUUAACGACAACGCGUUGCUUUCGACCAUCCGGCAAGCAUUAACAAAUUGAAGAGAAAAUUGGCUGACUUAAAUCCCCACAGAAAAGCAGGAUAUUCACACCGAUUUAUUGAAUAAAUCCCUUAAACGACUUACAUUCAUGUUCGACGACCAUCACCAUUACCACCAGCAACAGCAGUUUCACUUCAACUUACUUCACGCGGACAUAUCCUUUUGUAAACAUUGAGAUUGCUGGAAAUAUAUUUCACAACACAACAGCAGCCGAAAGUAGAACAAAGGACAGAAGGACGACAUAAAGGCCAGGGAAAUCCCGGCAUAAAAGACCAAAAAUGCCACCAAAACAGAAAAAAGGCAAGAAAGUCAAAGCUAAGACAACCCUUAUCGAUGGCGUCGAUACUUCCAACAUGAGCCGCGAUCAGCUGGAGGCCUUUGCCGUUCGGCUAAAGGCCGAAAUGGAACGUGAACGUGAAGAGCGUAAUUUCUUUCAAAUGGAAAGAGAUAAAAUACGCACUUUUUGGGAAAUUACACGUGGCCAACUGGAGGAUAUCACCACUGAACUAAGGCAAAAGGAUCAUGAAGUCGAAAUGACCCAGCAGGUGGCCGAUAUUGAAGCCAAACAGAUAAUGCAGCAAAUGAAACAUUUGCAAUUUGAAAAUCAAAAUAAAAUCAGUGAGGUAAGGGCAGAGGCCAUGACCCAAUUGAAAAUGUCGCAGGAAGAUCAUGAGACUCAGGAAAUGCAAUUGCUGAAAGAUCUCAGGGAGCUGAAGCGUUUGCGUAGAGAAGAUCAGGAGAUGCAUGAACUGCAAAUACAGCAGCUUAAAAUGAAUAAUAUCGAAAGUAUAACUGAUCUUCGCACAAAAUUCGAAAAAGAAUCCAAAGACUUGACCCUCCUGCAUGAGGAGAAAAUGUUGGAUUUGAAGAAUGAAAUCGAGUUGAUCUAUCGCAUGCAGAUGUUCGAAGUGGAAGAGCGUAAAAAUUUACAAAUCCAAAAACUGAUUGAAAAUCAUGAUAUGGCCUUUAACGAUAUGAAAACCUACUACAACGAUAUCACUCUCAACAAUUUGGGCCUGAUAAGUUCCCUGAAAGAGCAAAUGGAAACUUUGCGAAAGCAGGCCGAGAGAAAUGAGCGUUUGGCUGCUGAUAUGGCGGUAGAGAAUCGAAAACUUAAGGAGCCCUUGGAACAAGCCAAACAGGAGUUAGUGGUUAUGAAACGUAAGCUCGAAUUCUAUGAUCGUGAUAGAGCUCAACUAAGUCGUUUGAAGACACGCAAUGCCCAAGUGGAGAAACAAUUAAAAGCUCUUACCUGGGAAACUGAAGCUUUGCUGUUGCGCAAUGACACUUUGGUCAAAGAACGUGAAGAGUUAAAAAACAAAUUCGAAGAUGUAGUCAUCGAAUUGCAACAGAAGACUGGUUUGAAAAAUGUCUUGCUUGAACGUAAGAUAGCCAUUAUGGAGAGAGAGGGAGAGAAACAGGAAAUCAUGCUCAAAGAGACCAUAGAAACAUGUGCCGCGGUGGCCAAAGCCUCGGGUAGAGAGAUGGAAUCGCCUCUCGAAUUGGAACGUAGAGUGGAAAAUGUCUUGGAUGAAAAGAAUAAAUUGAUACAGGAAUUGCGCUACGAAUUGGCCAGACUGACAAAGGCCCAUGAUGAUCUCUUGGCUACAUAUGAGGCAAAGCUGGUGCAAUAUGGCAUACCCAAAGAGGAAUUGGGAUUUGAGCCACUUCGUACCACCUCCAGAUGGACUUAUUUGUCGGGACCAGCGGGUUUGGUUACAAGGAAUCCUUAAAUUUGUUUUUUAAAGCAUUUUUCUUUGACUCUUAAAACAAAAAUAAAAAAAAAAAAAUAUGAAAAUUCUUUAAAAUAUACUUGAAAUUUAAA